AAUCAAUGAUUCGCUUGCUGACAGCACAAUUUUCACGUCGCUUCGAACGUUCAACGAGCAAUCUUGUUUUUCGUUCCUUAAUUUCGGUUAAAUUUAGUGAUAAUUAAUUUGCUAACACGAUGGUGAAGGAUGAGCUCCAAUCGGACGAGUCCACCGAUGUGAUUUUGGUUGCAGAUCGCGAGGAAGAUGACAUAUGCGAGCUGGAGCACUUGCGUAAGCUCUUCAUCGGCGGGCUGGCCCCGUACACCACCGAAGAGAACUUGAAGGUGUUCUAUGGCCAGUGGGGCAGGGUGGUCGAUGUUGUGGUGAUGCGCGAUGCUGCCACCAAGAGAUCUCGCGGCUUCGGCUUCAUCACCUACACAAAGUCCCUCAUGGUCGACAGGGCCCAGGAGAACCGUCCGCACAUCAUCGACGGCAAAACUGUGGAAGCCAAGCGUGCUCUGCCCCGUCCCGAACGCGAAUCGCGCGAGACCAAUAUUUCCGUGAAGAAGCUGUUCGUAGGCGGUCUUAAGGAUAACCACGAUGAGGAAUGCCUGCGUGAAUACUUCCUCCAAUUCGGGAAUGUGGUCUCCGUUAAAUUGCUUACUGACAAAACCACUGGCAAGCGUCGCGGCUUCGCCUUCGUCGAGUUCGACGACUACGAUGCAGUGGAUAAGGCCAUCCUUAAAAAGCAACAUGCAAUUAAGUACGUUCACGUGGACGUCAAGAAGUCCAUUUAUAACUUGGAGAAGAAGGACAAACAGCAGCCAGGUGGUAUGGCCAACGCCAUCAAGCCAUCGCUCAAUCAGCAGCAGCAACAGCAGGGUGGGGGACAGCAGCCACCGAAUGGCAAUAUGCCCCCACCUAAUUUUCGACCGCCAGUGCCGCCACAACAGGCCAUGGGCCCCUACCAACAACAGCCACCACCGGCACCGAUGUCCGCUCCACCACCAAACUUCAACUACUGGGGACCACCUCCGCCGGCUAUGCCGCCCUACUACCAGCAGCCACCGCCGCAGCAGAUGAACGGCUGGGGUCCCUAUCCGCCGCCGCAACAAAAUGGCUGGAAUGCACCACCACCCCCACCACCGGGUGCCCAGCAGUGGCACGCCAACCAGUGGGGUUGUCCUCCACCAGUGCAACAGAUGCCGCCAGUUGGAGCAGUGCCACCACCCAUGGGUCACAAUGGACCACCGCCGCCGGCUCCAGGUAACUGGAACAUGCCGCCCCCAGUGCCGGGUGCAGCUCCUCCAUCCCACCAGCAGCAGUCUCAGCAACAGCAGCCAACACCACAACCAAAUUUCGGCUCUGGCUAUCAGCAAAACUACGGAGGCGGACCAUCCAAGCAUAACAAUAUGAAUGCAAACCGCAUGAAUCCUUACUCGGCAGGUCCGCCCAACAGCUACCACACUCCUCAACCACCAGCAUAUCCUGGCUACAACGCUGGGCCACUGCCGCCUAAUGGAAGCGUUCCGCCGUCAACUGGGGCCAAGGCUGUGGGCGUAUCCAAUGGCUCCGUGGCCACUGGAGGCAGUGCCAACAGCAAGUAUCGCCGCUAGAUUGGGUGAGUAGCCGUACCCGCCAUUAGUCGUUUCUUUUGAAUGUGGCCUAUGCAUAAGAGCUACCUCAAAUACGUCUUGCCACCAAUAUACCCAUAUACGCAUAUACUACUCGCCAUUGAUGCACUACGUCUGAAGUACAUGUUUAUUUGUAAUUACUAAUGUCUAAAAUUUUCUUUGAUUUAGAUGCUCUUUGGGCGGCUAAAGCUCAAGAAUCAAGACACUCUUUAGUAAGCUCGUUCAUAAGCUAGGCCACACUCGCUUAGAGUUACUAAGCAGGAAACUUAACGCAUUGUCUCUCUAUCAUAGGACAACUAACUACGAUUUUACUCUACACUUAAGCUAUACCAUUGAUUACCCUACGAUUGACCUAAGCUAUGGCAGACUAUAUAUAACUAUUUUAUACAACGUAUUGCGAGGAGCGAGCUGUUCUCCAGUUCGAAUUACUCUAGACAUAAUUAUGAAACUCUGAAUCGUAGAACAUGCCCAAAUACGAUACAAAAUUACAAAAAGCUCUCUAUUCAAAUCUUAUCCUCUCUCUGUAAAGCAAGGUGAAGGAUUGUGCAAUGUUGGAGGAUGGAGGAACAAUUGCCAAUCAUGAUCAAUUAAUUAGACAUAAAUCACGGAGUUGUAGCCUGAGCUUAUUGGCCCAAAACAAGUAGUUUAAUCGUAGAUGCCUAUGUAUUACCUAAACCAUUCAAAUAAGAAGAUACGUCCAAACAAAAAAAAACACAAGAAACAAGAAUAUAAGAAUGCGAAGCGAACCGAAGCCGAAUCCCGACUCAAAUCAAAUCAUACGCAGGGCUGACUGGCGUGGCCUUAACUAUCAAUGUACACAAGAGAUGAUAUCAAAACAAAUGUCAAUUUUUACAAGAAGCAAGAAUCGGACACUUAUAUAAUGUAUUGAUGUUAAAGGUUUCUUAUCUCGUCUCACACGAUGUUAAUUUAUCCACUACAUAUAUCUCUUCUUAUUUGUAUAUAUAUCAUGGCAUAAACCCCAAAAAAAAAAGUGCUAAGAAAAUGUAUAUGCUUUCGGAUUAACUAGACUUACGAUUUAUUCUCGACUCUCUCCUAUAUUUAAGCUGUAGUGCACGCCAAGGGCUUUGAAUUGAUCUUUAUAUAUAAUGCAGUACUGAUAUAAGAGAGGUCUAGUCCACAAUUUGCAAGAUUCGUUAUGCUGCAUUAUCGAGAUACAAUUUAUCACUUAACCGAACUCUAUGAAAACCCAUACGCAUAUUUAUUUUAAAUAAAUACAAAUUAAAAACAACACUAUGUAUUUGUUUUAGCUGCCGUUAUGUAAGUCUCUUUCUCUUUAGCGAUAGCAUAAACUAUAUUUAGUUAACAAACCAAUUUCGCUCUAAUUUUAAACAUACUCUACUCUACAAACUAAGCCAUUAAACGCUUGAGACAAAGUUAAUUCGUAAGGUAAGUUAGUAACGGAUCUCAUCUAGGAUAUACUAAAGUGUUUAUAAGUGCUCUUAAGUUUCUACCUUAUGUGUAGCAUGUUAUCGAAUCUUUAUUACGCUUUUCUAAGCAAACAAACUAUUUCUUUUCCAAAAAAAAAAAAACACCCCGGAGCAACGCUGGAGUGGCCUGUUUCAAAAGACCAGAGCUCAAGAUUUCCAUAACCUAUGAGGUAUGUAGAAGAGGACUCCAUUUAUUUUAUGUGUUUACAAGCAAGAGACCAAUAAAAAAGAGCUGCCGAAAUCGAA